AUGUCGGUUGGUAUUCCUAUCAAAGUUUUGCAUGAUGCUGAGGGACAUGUCGUUACCCUGGAAACUGUCAGUGGCGAAGUUUUCCGUGGGAAACUUGUUGAGGCGGAAGAUAAUAUGAACGUUCACAUGAAUGAUAUUAUCAUGACUUCUCGUGAUGGACGUACUUCCAAUCUUCAACAGGUUUACAUUCGUGGCAGUAAAAUUCGAUUCCUUAUCCUUCCAGAUAUGUUGAAGAAUUCUCCUAUGCUGAAACGGCCGCAAGGCGCUAAAGGUUUAGGAACAGGAAGAGGUAAAAACGCAAUGUUAAGAGCGGGUGUUCGUGGUCGUGGAACAUUUGUUCGUGGACGUGUCACACCUGUACGGGGUACCGGACGAACUGUUGGCAGGUUCUAA